AUGCCUCCACAGUCCCCGAAAAACAGACUUACGGUGCGAGAGAAAGUGCUUCACCGUUUAUACGGUCUUAUCCUCCUUAAGGAUACGCUAAGGGUGCCUUCGCGACACGAAACUGCGACGCGGAUCCCUGAUAUUUCUUCUAGCGACGAAGAUACUAGAAAGAAAAUGAAUACUACAGCGGAGGCGAUGCUGGAUGAGAUGAUUCAGGAGAUGAAAACAGAUUUCAAGAAUGAUUUGACAAGGGCUGGCCCCAUGUAUAUACAUGCAGAUUCGUCGGCAGAUAUGACAUCGACGCUCGCAGACGUCGGCGCCGUGGCUCGCGUUGGUAUGCAGGCCUUCGAGAUCGCAAGCUACCUGGGUUCAUUAUCUCUAAGCGAUCCUGUCUAUGCUAUAGAACCUCCCCCGACAACGAACCCGUACCAAAAUUUGCAUCCGCUUCAGCAGCAGGCACCCCAAUUCCAGUUCCAGUUCCAGCUCCAAUCCCAAUCCCACGACAACAUCGCUAUUAGCCCUUCUACGCCGAUGCCGAUGCCAUGCCGAUGCCCGAUCUCCAUUCCCAUCCCCAACCCAAUUCACCACGCCACUCCCCCGGCGCCCCUCUAUUCACAUUUCCCUUCUAACCCCCUUCCUUUACCCCACAGUAGCAGUGGCAACAACACUGCGACAGCAUUUCAAGAGAGCAACACCAUCCACAAAAGUAAUGGCCAACAGCAACAGGCCUCAGGGUCGCACUUGAACUCUCCCGCACAAAGGGGAAGAGACGCAAGUGGCGAGGGACCACCGAGCCAGCAGUAA